ACUUCUCGACGCGGGCACUAUUCCUGGGCUUAGAGGCACAAAGUCUCUCUUCGUUCUCAAUCAAACCAUCCAUCCAUAUACGCCAAGCUGCUUCGACACUGCUGGCUCGCGCAAAAUGUCAGGAGCGGGCUACGAUGCGGUCGUAGACGUGGAUGACGAGGGCGACCUUGGCCACACCGACCUCCAAGACGACCUCGAAUUCCAUCAGUCCAACUUCAACGAGAGCACGCCGUCGAACCGCAAAGCCCCCGGGUCCGCAGGACUCCCGCUGCCAGCGACCGCCUCCACAGGAGGGAAGCGCUUCCUCUGGUCGAUGAGUUUCUAUGCACAGUUCUUCGAUGUAGACACAUCUGCGGUGCUGCAGCGCUGCUGGGCCGCACUGUUUCCCAGGGCCAACUUUCUCGACGUGCUUGAGGGCAACCCGGACCUGUAUGGACCGUUCUGGAUCGCCACGACGGUGGUGUUUAUCCUGUUCCUCGGCGGUACCAUAAGCAAGUACCUCGCGACGACAGGACAGGAGCCAUUCGUCUAUGAUUUCAAACUCCUGACCGGCGCGGGAGGUCUCAUUUAUGGCUACACCCUCUUCGUGCCCAUGGCACUCUACGUCGCCCUCCGCUACUUCGGCUCCGAGUCGGCCAACCUCCUCGAGUGCUGGGCCCUGUACGGCUACUCGAACCUGAUCUGGGUCCCCGUCGCCCUCAUCAGCUGGAGCCAGAUCAGCAUCCUCAACUGGGUGUUCGUGGGCGUCGGCUUCGGCAUGUCCGUGGCCAUGCUGCUCCGCAACCUGUACCCCGUGCUGAGUGCCACCGACAAGCAGACGAGCAAGGUGCUGCUGAUCCUGGUGCUCGUGCUGCACCUCGCCCUGUCCAUCGCCAUCAAGAUGCUGUUCUUUGCGCACGGGAGCCUGAUCAAGGACGACCAGCCAGACAGUGGGCCGGGGGCUGGAGGAGGUAGUGACACGCCACCGGCUCAGGAUGCGCCGCAGCUGUUCUAAAAUGUUUGUGACUUUCGCGAAUGCUGAGGGGCGGGGGGGGGGGGGGGGACUGGGUGAUUGAUCGUCGCCCUUCAGGGACGGAAUUCAUGGGCGUCAUGGUGUCAAUCCGCGCAUGUAUACUAGGUGGGCAACCUCCAGAUGGGCUGUCCUUCUUUUAUUUGGGAACCAUAAAUGGGACAUCUUCUUUCAAUUGCAAUAUCUGUUAGGUCUUUUACAGCAUUCACAGAGCAGACUACCAUGCAUAAAAUGACGACGCCUUGAGUGCCUCGUCAUGGCCCUUCUUCUUUUGUCUUGCCCUUUGACUCACGACUUUUGUCUCUCUUGUUCCCACGGGCCUCUUAUUGUUCAAUCCAUCACCUCUCCACCUCUCCGCCCUUUCCAGCCCAGUCGACCCAGCUUCCCGGAUACUCCCCAACGCUGGUCCACCCAGCCUCCCUCGCCAGCCCCGCGGCAGCCCGGCUCCGCACGCCAGCCUUGCAGUAGAACACGACCUCAUCUUCCUUGGCGGGACGAGAAUACCCGAACCGGUCCUCAAACUCCUCGUCGGUGAUGUGGAAGCUGUCGGGGGCGGAGGUCACGGGGAUGUUGAUGGCGUGGGGGAUGUGGCCGGUGGAUUUGAGCUCGCCAGGCUCGCGGACGUCGACUAUCACGAUGUUCCUCUGGGCAUCUUUUGUGAGCUUUUGGAUCUGCACAGAAAAAAAAAAAAUGGCCACCAAUUAGCAAAUGGAGCUCUUCCUCCCAACCCUGCCCUUCCCUUCCGUCUUUGCUAUCGCUGUGACAAAAACCUUGUGACUUGUUUUGUGAAGGGUAGGCGGGCCCCUCAAGGACCCCGCUUGUCUGGCAAGUAGUAAACGCACGUCUUCAAAAUUCCAUAUCUUGUUCUCCGUCUGCUGCGAAUACCUCCUUGGGCCAGCUGGUGAUGGUCCUCCUGCUCUUCUUGUUGCUAUCGCCGCCCUCGCCGCCCCCAGUCGCAAUGCCGGCACCGUUUGUCUGAGAGGUCGCGUCGCCGCAGCAGCGACACUGUACGGCCUCGCUAACCUGGCCGCGCAGGCAGCCUGUCGCAGCCCGCUGAGAGCUGGCCGUAGUGUUUGCCUGGAGGACAUUGUCGAAUCGCCGUUAGGUGACUUGACGCGACGGACAAGGCUCAAAAGGAGAAAGGAUGAAAGAAGGAGGGGUGGG